AUGACACCUAACUUACCAGGGUUUUAUUAUGAUAGAGAACGUCGACGUUAUUUUCGCAUAUCUGAAAAUCAAAGCAUUUCUACCACGGGAACGACGAACCAGUACAGAAAAGAUAAUAUAAAGCGACAAUGUGUUGAGGAAAAUUACGAUAAAAAAUUUUCUAUGAUUAAAAAAAAACGUCAGCAAACAUUACAAAAGUACAAGCUUAGUCUUCUGAAUCCGUUGGAAAGGGCUUUUCGCCCUUUAUCAUAUGAAAAGUACAUGAUUGGUUUAAAUAUGCAGUAUGCAUCGCAUUCUCUCACUGAAGGUCAUCACUCACAUAGUUCUGCUAACGUAAAAUCACUCAAUUUUCCACACAGGAUACAGAUAGGAGUAUUAGCAAAUUGUAUUUUAUUGGUAACUCAAGAAGGAUGUUUUCAUAGUAAAUUAGUAUUUGCAACAAACAAGGGCUAUGUCGCAGGAUUUUCAUCCCUGGAUAAUUUUUCUGAAGAAAAUUUCUUUACGGGGUUUUCCAUGGCUGAAUUAAAUCCUAUGUUGAAAUAUAAGUCCGAGCCAACUGAUGUGUUCAAAACAAUGAAACUUGAGAGAACAGUUGCCAUCAAGGAAGGGCCGAGCCAUUAUUUUUAUCACAACGUUAAUACCAGAUCUAACGUGCAUACUUUUGCCAUCUUUUUACAAGACUUUUCUUCCUUAAAACUGCUCAAAAUUCGUCAGGUCAAACUCAAAGAAAAUUGCCAAGUCCAUGAUUCUCUUGUUGUUGGAGACACGUUGAUUAUUACCGUAAAUUAUCGUUGUCAUUUUUAUGAUUUGAUUCCAGAAACCUUUCCAAAUCCCUAUAUCUUUUCUCCUGCCAAAAGCUCAAGAAAACACAAAAGUAGGAGUGACAUUACUUCCCUAUCAUUUUGUCUACAAGAAGAUGCUUUAUCACCUUUAAAAAAAACGAACACCGGUGUGUUUUAUUUAGGUUACAGAAAUGGUGAUUCAAUGGCAAUAGUCUUCACUAAUAUUACAAACAUGACAUUACAGUACUCCAAGACCAACGGUAUGACAUCAGAAAGUCGAAAUCAACCUAUCAGAAAUUCCCUAAAAUCUGUUGUUUCCAUAAAAGCAUUGAAUAAUAAAGGCCUAAUACUUAUAUCUGGAAUGGCAGACAAAGAGAAUGUGCAACAACUGGUUAUAGCAGAUACGUUCCUGGAGGACAUUCUGACCGAAAUCCCGGUUGUAUCUUUUAAAACUAAGUUCUUAAACGUGACUAAGGAUACAGAAAUACUCGAGAUAUCGGAUGACGGGCGCUACUUCAUUUAUGGUUCAACUAGCGCUAGGGACGGAAAGGGUGAUUUUGAAGUAUUUUGUACCACUUUAUCUGGAAAUCUUGACUACGAAAAAUCCGAAGGUGGAAAUAUCACCCUCUAUCCAAUAGGAGGUAUGAAGAACUACUGUAGGUUAGAAAACUUCCAGUUUGAAUCUAUCCACCUACAUUCGGCUUUCAUACCCCCAAGGUACGUAAAUCCGUUUGAUGCUGUGGAACCUCUAGGUGAAGAGAGCAGUACUUCACCUUACGAUAUACCUGAAGAAGCACUUUCUCAAAAAAUAUGCAUCUUAAUUCGGAGAGAAGAUGAUCCCUACAAUGGGGCCAAUAUCUUCAUAACAUCUGCUUUGACCUAG